UGUGCUGCUGAGGGGGGCGUCCGAACUCCGAACCUAAAAUGUGUUAAAAUGGCAGGUGCCAUAGUGCGUUGUUUUCAGAUUCCGAGGAGACAGCUGGGUCUCCUCGGAUCGAGUUUGAGUAGCCAACAGCAAAGAACACUUGCCGAUGCCGCCCCAGAAGGAAAGAAAAGAGGAGGGCCCCUGGACGAUCAAGAUCGUAUCUUCACGAACCUGUAUGGCAGGCAUGACUGGCGGUUGAAGGGUGCAUUGAGUCGUGGCGACUGGUAUAAAACUAAGGAGAUAAUAGAGAAAGGUGCCGAUUGGAUCAUCAAUGAGAUCAAGAUUUCCGGGCUAAGAGGUCGCGGUGGAGCUGGCUUUCCUUCUGGAAUGAAAUGGUCUUUCAUGAACAAGCCAUCCGAUGGCAGGCCGAAGUAUUUAGUAAUCAAUGGCGACGAGGGUGAGCCAGGGACAUGCAAGGAUCGUGAAAUCUUACGUCACGAUCCACAUAAAUUAAUAGAAGGUUGUCUGAUCGCUGGUCGCGCUAUGGGAGCCUGCGCUGCGUACAUUUACAUACGCGGCGAAUUUUACAAUGAAGCGUCCAACACACAAAUCGCCAUAGCCGAGGCUUAUCAGGCUGGUCUAAUUGGAAAGAACGCUUGCAACUCCGGUUAUGAUUUCGAUAUCUUUGUGCAGCGAGGAGCAGGCGCAUAUAUCUGCGGCGAGGAGACUGCUCUUAUCGAGUCUAUCGAAGGAAAACAAGGAAAACCUAGAUUAAAACCACCGUUUCCGGCCGAUGUCGGCGUGUUCGGGUGUCCUACAACCGUCACCAACGUCGAGACUGUAGCAGUGGCGCCUACGAUCUGUCGCCGAGGUGGAGCAUGGUUCGCUUCAUUUGGACGUCCACGCAAUCAUGGAACGAAGCUAUUUAACAUCUCCGGUCACGUGAAUAAUCCGUGUACCGUUGAGGAAGAAAUGUCCAUUCCUCUGAAGGAACUGAUCGAGAGACACGCGGGAGGUGUGAUCGGAGGAUGGGAUAAUUUAUUAGGUGUUAUUCCUGGUGGCUCUUCAACUCCCGUCAUUCCUAAGAGUGUGUGCGACACCGUCUUGCUCGAUUUCGACGAUCUCGUCAGAGUAAAGAGUGCGUUAGGUACUGCUGCGGUAAUCGUGAUGAAUAAACAGACGGACAUAAUUAAAGCUAUCACUCGUUUGAUGAGUUUCUACAAGCACGAAUCCUGUGGUCAAUGCACACCUUGCCGCGAGGGUAUCAGUUGGAUGUAUAAAAUACUAAAGAGAUUCGUGGAUGGUAAUGCCGAGGUACACGAGAUAGACAUGCUAUGGGAGCUUACGAAACAAAUAGAAAUGCAUACAAUAUGCGCUUUGGCGGACGGCGCCGCAUGGCCUGUGCAGGGUUUGAUUAGGCAUUUCAGACCAGAGAUCGAAGCGCGCAUGAAGGAACAUAAGCGAGCGGCGUCGAAAAGUUGAGAAAUCGAAGAGGGAUCAUAAACCGAAAACUAGAUAAAACAUAACAGCAGAUAUUUAGAACAAUCCCUGUAAGAUUUUAUAUUUAUUCUCAGUGUACAUAAAUGAAUUUAACGUUAUAGUCAUACACGAGAAUCUAAUUGUGAUUCCCAUGUAAUAAUGUUCUUCGAAUCCAGACUAAUGUCUGUCCCGGAGAUUCGACUAAUAAAAGAAACCUAAGAGAAAAA